AUUGAAGUGGUCAGGUCAGAGCAAACGCAAGACAUCCCAAUUCAGUAUUACCUCGAAUCUAAUGGGCGUUCACAUCCUUCAACUUUCCCCAUUUUCGUAUUCUAGACCCUUCAUUCGCAAUUCCACCGCUGUUUCGAGAUUCCUGUCCAGUAACUUUAUCCCAAUUUCUGCACUACCCAAGAGGACCCAAUUCGAUAUCUCUUCGUCUAGGUCUAUUCGUCUCACCAUUUCCGGGUUCGGCGGUUUGAUUCAUCAGAGAGGCCUCAGAGCUUCACGGCUCGUAGCCAUGGCUUCCCCCAGCUCGGUUCAGAAGUCCGAAGAGGAGUGGCGCGCUAUUCUCUCUCCUGAACAGUUCCGGAUUUUGAGGAUGAAGGGGACUGAGUACCCAGGAACCGGGGAAUAUGACAAAUUUUUUGAAGCGGGAGUGUACGAGUGUGCAGGAUGUGGAACUCCCCUUUACCGGUCCACAACAAAGUUUAACUCUGGGUGUGGCUGGCCAGCUUUCUUCGAGGGUCUCCCCGGAGCCAUAAACCAAACCCCUGAUCCAGACGGGAGAAGAAUAGAAAUUACAUGCGCUGCCUGUGGAGGACACCUUGGCCAUGUUUUCAAGGGCGAAGGAUUCCCUACCCCAACAAACGAGCGCCAUUGCGUGAAUAGUAUCUCUCUCAAGUUUGUCCCUGCGAAUUCUGAUGCCUCCCAGUAAUAUAUUAUGAGUGCUUCAGUGUUUCUGACUAAACAUUCUUUGUAAACUGGAAAUCUUGUGUUUAUGAAAUUGUUAGUAUGUAUUAAUCUGCAAAUCCUAACAUAAAUCUGCAAACUUUUUCAUGGAUUGGA